AAAGCAUUCUGUGAAUUUGCUGGGCAUAGUCUUUUCUCUGUAAACUCGGCAAAACUUGUGCGUCGAUUGAACAAUUGCUGGUAAAUUGAACGCAGUUCUGCGAACGGCUACAAUAUGUUAUAUCUCGAAGACUAUCUGGAGAUGAUCGAGCAUUUGCCGCAGGAAUUGCGCGACAGAUUCACCGAGAUGCGUGAGAUGGAUCUGAGCGUCCAAAACAAUACGGACGCGCUGGAUAAGCGUGUGCGCAUGCUGUUUCAGCAAUGUCGCCGCAGUGAAAUUUCAUCUCCGAUGGCGGACGUCGAGUUUGACUCGAUUCGCACCGACUACUACCGGGUGCUAGACGAUUCCGAUGAGAAAAUACAGCUGGCGGGCCAGAUGUACGAUCUGGUCGAGCGUUAUCUACGACGUCUCGAUACCGAGCUGGCCAAGUUCAAAUCUGAGCUGGAAGCAGACCAUAACGGUAUUACCGAGAUACUGGAGAAGCGUUCACUAGAGUUGGACAGCCUGACGAGCAAUGGCGGUACGAACCAGAAGGAAAAUCGCUUCUACGAUACACAAAACUCGCACGGUUCGGGCCAUGGCAGUCGCUCGGAUAACCGACACAAGCUGAAGACUGAAAAGCGCCGUUUCAGUGUGGCAACGGGCGUGCCGAUGUCAUCGAUGGAGAAACGUACAUUAGCCGGAUCAUCGAAGCCGCUGAACAAUAGCAGCAUGCGUCCCAACACACCCGCUGUCCUCGCUCCGGGAGGAGCUGUGGUGGGCAGUGUCGUUGGUGGUGUGGCGGGUGUCACAGGUAUUGGGACGGUGCCGAGCGGCAUAAACACCGUGGCCUGUGCCCAAUCAGUGCCGGUGAUGAAUGCAUCACCCAGCACGGCUACGGUGGCCGCCACCUACAAUCUGCAGACGUGCGGUGCUGGCAAUGCGAUCGUGGCCGCCGCCAGUCAAGCGAUCGCGCAGACGCAGCAGAUGCAACAGGGGCGACGGACAGCGAGCUUGAAGGCAUCAUAUGAAGCAAUCGGUGGUGUAGGAUCGCACGAGUUGCUGCUCAAUAGCGAGCUAGCCGGUGCGACUCACAAUGCCUUGCAAGCGGUCGAACGGGAGUCGACCGCAUUUUCGAACCAACGUCGUCAGCGGAAGAAAACCGUUGGUACGUCACUGGGUUGUAAUAAUAUGCGUAACAAUUCUACGAUGUUGGUAAAUGCAUCAUCUAUUGCUUCUAUUUUGUCCUCACCAUCGCCGAAUGUUCCCUCAAUUUCUAGCUCGCCUUCAUUAUCGUUAUCGUCUGUUCAAGUAAAUUCGACUCCAAUACAGCAGCAGCAACAACAACAGCAGCAGCAGCAACCACAGCAGCAAUCAUUUAUACAACAGCAUUCGCUCAAUCACCAAAUUCCAGUCCAAUCGCAGCAGUUACUAAUUCAUGCUAAUACACCCGUUACAUUGCAGCAUCAGCUGCAACCCGUUAUGCAGCAAAUUUCCCUUUCCCAAAACCAAACUCAAACAGGGGUAAAGCAGCAGCUUCUACCGGGCCAACAGCAGCAGCAGCAUCAAAUCAUGAAUCAACCGCACAAACCGGUGCAACUCGUGUCUGCCCAGCAUCGGAUGCCGCGGCAGUUGCAACCGCAACAGUUGCAGCAAUCCAUCCAGGCCCAGCAUCUUCAGCAGCAACAGCAGUUGCAGCGACCGCAGAUAAUCCAGCAGCAAUCGCAACAACUACACACGGUCCCUCACCAGCAGCUGUUGCAGGCCCAGUCGCAGCAAAAGCAACAGCAGCUGCAGCAGCACAAGCCAGUACAGCACGCAUCGUUCCAACAUCAAGCCGCAACACAACAACAGCCUCAUUUGGUGCAGCAGCAGGUAGUGCAGCACAUACAGCAGCUACCGGUGCAACAGCAGCAUCCACUGUUGGAUCACCAGCACAAAGAUUUGCAGUUACAGCAAACGAUGCAACAGCAGCUAUCGCAACAGCAGCAAUUGUCGCAGCAGCAACAGUCCCAGCAGUUGUUGCAACAGCAGCCGCAACAGGUGCUGCAACAGCAGCAGCGGCAGCUUAUUUUGCAACAGCAGCCUCAGCUACAGGUUACCCAGCAGCAACUGUUACAGCAACAGCAGCAACAGUUACAGUUGCAAAAUAAGCAGCAGCAGCAGCAGCUGUUGCAACAGCAUGCGGGACAGCAGGCCGUGCAAGUCCUUCCGCAAUCGAUGCACUCGCAGCAGCUACAGCAGCAGCAGCCAUUCUUGACCACCGUCACGCAACCGACGACCAGUGCUACGGUGGUGAACGUGUCCUCGUUUAUGAAUCCACUUAUCUCCCCUAAUCCCAGCCCGAGUACUAGUAACGCUAGCAACAACAACAGCACUAACAAUACCGAGCCGGCUGUGAAUCUCGACCAGACAGCGGAAGGUGAAUGGUUCGAUCCGAACGAACCACGAUACUGUCUCUGCAACCAAGUGUCGUACGGUGACAUGGUAGCAUGCGAUAAUGAAGAUUGUCCGUUCGAAUGGUUCCACUACCCAUGCGUUAAUAUUAGCUCGUCCCCGAAGGGCAAAUGGUACUGUCCGCAGUGCAGCAGCUCCAUGAAGCGACGUGCAUCGCGGAAAAAUUAAUGAACUCUGCGCGGAUGGCUCUGGCGUUCGUGUGUCGAGGAAAGGCAGUGCGACGGACAAUUGCAGUUGUUAGAAUUAAUUUAGUUGUACGGUUAAGCCCGUCGUAUCUGUGUAUUAAUUUGCGUGUGUGCCCAUGGACUUGAUGAUGUUGGACGUUGUGAUAGACUAACGUUAAUUACUAACAUCUUACAUGAUGAAUAACACUAACAUCAUGUGAUUUUUUUCUUCUGUUUCAGGUACUUGGUGUCGUUGGUGUGUUUAAUCGACGAGGAAAUGCACGGGAAAUGUUUAAAAUACUAACAUGUAUGUAGGAAUUUUUUAUCACUUUUUCUUCUUGAUUUCAUUAACGGUUGUCUGGCCGUAUUGCUUUAAAUUCUGCGGUAUACUAUAAUCGAGAUUUAAGCAAUACGGCCGGUUACUAAUGAAAUAGGAACAAAAUAAUUGUGAAUUUUAUUCUCUUAGUUCCAGAAAGACCUAAUAACGUGGCCGUGGUAAGCACUAAUGGAUCGUGCACUGCUUAGGCAGAUUGAGUGCUUGAAACGUUUCAACAAACGUUUGUAGCGUUUUGAUUUCCAACAUCAUUUCAAUACAUGACUUUGUUCAAAUUAGAAAUUCUGGUAUUCACUUUAUUGCAUAACUACUCAUACGACUAAUCAUGGAUAAUAUGGUGUUUAGAACGGUGUAUUUUUGCUUCCGCUGCACAGCAGAAGUAGAAAGCGACUGAUGGGUUUCUCACAGUAAUUGAAGGCGUGUUUUAAUGUCCAGCAAAGACUGUGAGAAGCAGUUUUACGUUUUGUGUAUUUCUCUGUUUUCAUAUUUAGGUAUGUGUUCAACAAAGAAAACAAAGUCUCUUUGUGGGGGGAAGGGUGAAACGGAACUCACACGGAUUAAGUUUUGGUACAAUAACUGACAUCGGGGUAUGGGAUGUAUGUAUGAACGGAACUAACAUGGAUUAAGUAAUGGUAAAAUAAUGAAUUGCACAAGUCUCAGUUACACAUGCGCAACCAUUAGUGGAAUUAAAUUGUAUAUAUGAAAGUAGUCUAGUUUAAAAAAAAUCGAUGUUAAAUGUGUAAAGCGGCAUUGGGAACCGAACAUUAUCCCACAAUUAGGUAAAACGUGUAAAAUUAAACUCGCUAAAUCUGGUUACUAUUGCAGCAAUUGAACCGAAAACAAAAAAGAAAUCAUGUAUGAAUGAAAUCGAAUGGUAGUGGGGUUGAAUGCAUGCGUAUGAAUGGACUACAGUGUGAAGAACAUAGCAUAGAAUGAAAUAAUUGUACAGAAAUUAAUGUCACUUUAUGUAAUAUUGGAUGUACGCAAGUGUUCUACCGCAAACAGAACAAAAAGGCCUAAAUGAAUGAUCCCUCCUCCAAGCAAAAAGGUGCAAAUUGCUUCACAGACAGCAGUUUUCGGGAGGGAAUGAAAGCUUUCAUAGCUAAUAAAAUGCAUUUUACGUGGUGUAAUAAAAUAAAACAGUAUCGUCUAGUAAUUUCUAAGACAUACGGCAAUUAACAAUGUAUUGAUUUCUUUUCAUUCAACAAUGCUACUUUAUUAGUAUAGUCACUGGGCAAUAUAUUGGAUUGUAUUUAAUGUAAUAUUGUAAUAAGCGAAAAAUAAAUAAACUAUUAAACUCGCAUGUCAUAAGGAGCAUGAAAUUAACUAAACAGUGUUUGAGAAUUGCAAAAUUUGUUUGUAGUGCCAGCACUAAACCAAAAUGAGCGGUUACACCUUGCGGGUGGAGAAACAGUUUUUAUUUCUUACAAUUGACUAGAUAAAUUCAUUCUUCUCAUUCCCCCCAAACCCCGAACAAUUAAUUUGGUUUUGCUAGUCAAUAUAACAAGCUUGGAAUUAAUUAAAUUGUGGUAGUUUCUGUCUACUUCUCGUUUUUAUUGGUCUAUUUUAAAUUUUUAUACAUCAACGGCUGCUAACGUGUCGUGUUCUCAGUGGAAAAUCUUGAUUCGCAUUUUUCCACCCAGUCAUUUGUUUUGGGGAUUGGAUCGAGCACAAAUGUGUUCGUUCAACUUUCAUAGAUAAAAACCACUUACUUCAUCGAAUACAAAUUUUGCAAUUUUUUUUUGAAUGCAACCUUUAAAAACCGUGGCGCGCUGUACUGGGGAUUUUUACUGCUUCAAUAUAUGGGAAAUAUACAUAUACACACGAAAUGUAAUUAACAUUCUUGAACAAAGGGAAUCAAACCAACAAUGGGAACGCAUGAAUUACGAAUAGACUGUCAUU